GAGAUUCGGGUCCUACAGGCAUAUGCACGCGCUGCCUGAUCAACAAGUAUUGUUAUUUGCUGCCUUUUUUACAACAAAAAACCAAUCUCGUUGUUACGAAUUGGCAUAAUAAUCAUCUAUCCGUAUUGCCCAAUAUAUUAUUAUAUUCACGUCGAAUCAAACAUGCAGACAAAACAGGGCUCCCUUUGUUUCUCCCCCUUUCUCAAGUCUCGGAACGACUAAAUGACAUAAUAAUAAUUUAUUGGGGUAAUUGUCCCAUUAACGAUCAAGACCGAGAGCAGAGUGUGGCUGUACGUAUUUACGUCCAUGUGCAGCACCACUAAGUUGUACAAUGUUAGCAUUAUUAGUCUGUGAUUAACUAAUGAUUUGCUUGCAUUUUGAUCAGAAAAUGCAACAAUUUAGGUAUGGAUUGGAUGCAGGGAUGCAAAUAAAUCUUCUGGUGGGCCUUAUUUUGAAUCGGGCCUAUUAUAUAAAAGGUGCCCCGUUCUAAAAAUGGUGACCAGUGAGCAGUGGGCCUGCAACCAGUACAGUUACAUUGACCAGUAGGAAAUUAGUCACAUUUAUUUUUAAUAUAUUAUUAAAAAUGAGUUUGAGUUUGACAAGUUUUCAAUUUUCGGGAAUAACUCUGGGGCUUUUCGUCCUCAUUUCACUUCCAUCCUCGCAAGUGGAGUGCACAUUUAAGAAGCAUGGCGGAGGUGGAGGUGGAAAAUACUUAAUCCCCGUCUACCCAGUGGGAGGAGGAUGGGGCUGGCAUCACGGGGGAGGAUUUGGUGGUGGUGGUGGCGGAGGGGGUGGUGGGCAUGGAGGAGGACAUCAUCAACCCAUCAUCAUCGUCCUUAAGUCACUUCACCACUUGGGAGGAGGUCAUCAUCAUCACCACACUCCAGUGAAACAGAAGGUGGUUCUCCACACGCAUGGUCAUGGGGGUCACGGAGGACACGGAGGACACGGCGGCCUUGGGGGGCAUGGUGGGGGCAGCUACGGAGUUGGAUUUGGUCUGGGUGGUUAUGGAGCAGGGAUCGGAAUAGGAGGAGGAGGAGGUCAUGGGAAGGGUCACGGUCAUCACGGAGGUGGAGGUGGUGGUGGAGGGGGCAAGAUCAUCAUUCACCAUGAGGGAGGAGGAGGUUACGGUCAUGGAGUUGGUGGGGGUUAUGGUCAUGGCGGGGGUGGCGGCGGGGGAGGAUAUGAGAAAGCCGCAGUGGGUGUAGCCCUUGGAGGUGGCGGAGGACAUGGUGGUGGAUUUGGAGGUGGUGGUGGUGGUGGUGGAGGAGGUGACUUGUACGGAGGGGGUGGCUUUGGCGGGUGGGGUUGGGGUAUCAGUGAAGGGUACGGACUUGGCGGUGGUGGCAUCGGUGGGGGUGGCGGCGGCGGUGGCGAUUACAAGAGAGGAGACUACUAUUAAAAUGUGAAUCCAUUAAAAAACUCGCGUAAUAAAUUUCCAUGAUAAAACAACCAAAA